UUCACAAAAUUCACUUCUUAAUAAAAUCAAAUAAAAAAUUCCCUCACUAAGAUCCAAAUUACAUAACAUAACAUACUAUAUAUAUAAAAUAAAAAGAUCCAAAAUUAUUAUCAUUAUUAUGUUGUGAUUUUGCUCUAUUCUCUUCUUCUUCUUCUUCUACAUUACUUCAUUCACAUUCUGAUUCUUCAUAAGGGUCAUAACGGUCAUUUUCUAGAUCCGAGGUUAAGCUCCUCUUCCUAUUACUAUGGAGCUUGGCUUCCUUUGCAGAGGAACAACAACAACAACAACACUUGUUGUUUUUCUUUCCUUGUUCAUUUGUUUCAUUCAUGUCUCUUCAUCUUCUUUGUACUCGGAAUUGAAUCCUAUAAAACCUAGACACUCACGCCUUCUCAGGAGCGCUGUGCAGCGUGAAACUCCAACAUCACAACUUUCUGAAAUAUGGACGCCUCUAGAAACCCAAGGCUGGAAACCUUGCGAUGAGUCCAUAAAUAAGCCAACAUUACCAGAGAAGUCUGAAGGAUACAUCCAGGUUUUUCUUGAUGGAGGUCUGAACCAGCAAAGGAUGGGGAUAUGUGAUGCAGUUGCUGUUGCAAAGAUACUGAAUGCAACUCUUGUGAUCCCAUACCUGGAAUUAAAUCCUGUGUGGAAGGAUUCAAGCUCAUUCGAAGAUAUAUUUGAUGUGGAUCAUUUCAUUGAUGUAUUGAAGAAUGAUGUUUCUAUAGUUAAAGAGCUUCCUGAAGAGUACUCGUGGAGUUCAAGAGAGUACUAUGCGUUGGCUAUUCGAGAUACCAGAAUCAAGGUUGCACCUGUACAUGCAACAGCCAACUGGUAUAUUGAGAAUGUUUUGCCUGUCCUACAAAGUUAUGGUAUUGCUGCAAUCUCUCCAUUUUCUCACCGCCUGAGUUUUGACAACUUGCCUAUGGAUAUCCAACACCUGCGCUGUAAAGUCAACUUUCAAGCUUUAGUCUUUGUUCCCCAUAUCAGAGCACUUGGAGAUGCCCUUGUCAACCGCCUUCGCAAUCCUCAACACACUACUGAAGAAAUGGGCUCCAACUACCUUCAAGAGGUCACAGAUGCAGAUGAUAAUAAAAAUGCAGGGAAAUUCGUUGUUCUGCACCUUCGAUUUGAUAAGGAUAUGGCAGCCCAUUCAGCAUGUGAUUUUGGCGGUGGGAAAGCUGAAAAAUUGGCCCUUGCCAAGUAUAGACAGGUCAUUUGGCAGGGAAGGGUUCUUAAUUCCCAAUUCACUGAUGAAGAGUUGAGGAGUCAGGGCCGUUGCCCAAUGACUCCCGAGGAGGUUGGGUUGUUGCUAGCAGCUUUAGGAUUUGACAACAGCACUCGUUUAUAUCUUGCCUCUCAUAAGGUCUAUGGUGGAGGAGCCAGGAUUGCUACUUUGAAAGAAUUGUUUCCUCUGAUGGAAGACAAAAAGAGCCUUACUUCGCCUUUUGAGCGUACUCUGAUAAAGGGGAAAGCUUCUCUAUUAGCCGCACUUGACUACUAUAUUAGUAUGCAUAGUGACAUCUUCAUUUCGGCUUCCCCAGGAAAUAUGCACAAUGCAUUGGUUGGACACAGAAGUUACUUGAACCUAAAGACUAUAAGGCCAAACAUGCAAUUGAUGGGUCAACUUUUCUUGAAUAAAACCAUGGAGUGGUCAGAGUUUGAGCAUGCAGUGGUUGAAGGUCAUGAAACUAGACAAGGUCAACUCAGGCUUAGAAAGCCUAAACAAUCCAUAUACACAUAUCCUGCUCCUGAUUGCAUGUGCCAAGCUUAAUAGAUUGCUUAUAGAUUAGUAGCCACUAUAUUUUACUAUAGUUCUCAGUGUCUUAUUAUUUGAGAUUUGCAUAUGAUUAAUAAAAACAUUAUAUCACUAAUCCUAUUCAUGAGGGGUUUGUCCAUGAUGUUCUUGGUAAGAGUGCUUGAUAUAAUAGUAUAGUAUAGUAGUAGUUGUCUUGUGUGAGAGAUGUAUGUAUGAGAUGAUGGCAUUCUUAGCAGGAGCAAUACUAUUUUUAAUUCAAUAACAGGAGCCAUAUUAUUGUUUAUCA